AUGCAACAAUUAGUUCGAAAGUUCAUAUUAAAGAAACUUAAGUCAUUUGUUCCUGAUCUAAAUGAGCACCAGAUAUCGGUAGCACUAACUUAAGGGUAUUUGCAAUUGGAUAAUAUGGAUAUCGCACCAUUGCAGAUAGAUAAUUUUAUAAUCACGGCUACUGUUUCUUGCUUUAUAAUGAAGUUAUAAUGGAGUUCGCUCCAUUUGAAGACUGAGAUACAGAACAUCAGAGUGAUGAUAUAGAAAGCACAGGGUUCGAAGAGAUAGGAGAAAAGUGAUCAGAGUAGAAGAAGCAAUGUGUCAAUUCCAAUUAGUAUUGGGUUGGAAAUAAAUGAUGUGGAGAUUAAUUUUGAGAAUGUCCUGGUAGUUAAAUUGAUGCAAUUAAAAUGUGAGAUAAAGAAUAGACAGAAUUCAAUAAGUGGAGAAUGGGGGGAGUUGAAUUUGAAAUUCAAUUACAAAGAGUAGAGUUUUGCUUGGUUGGGCAUUCAAAAGGUGAGAUGGGAUGUGAAUUUAGAGAAGGAAGCAGUGUAGACAUCUUUAGAGUGCGUAUUCAUAAAGGAUACGACAAAUCAGAAGACGUAAAAAUUGGUUAAGCUUUGCAAGAUAGGUUUGAGUAUAUCUAAAAAUGUAUACAAUAAACCGUUGGUAAGGAUAUCAAUUGACAAGGGAGUAUGUCAUUGGAAUGCAAAGGUGAUACACUCAUUCAUUUACGGUGGGAUUGAUUUUGCAUUGCAAUUUAUCAAAAUGCCUGAGAAACAGUAGAUAAGAUAAACAGACAUGGAGAAUCCAGACUCUUUAGCCAUAUCAAUAGAAGUGAAGAGUAUCAAAUUAUAUUGUCAGAACAAUUAUACUCCUUUGGGUAUGUUGUAGGGAUUCGACAUUGCAGUGUUUAUAAAAGUGAGCAAAUACAUUGGGGAUGUUGUAAUUGAGGGGAGAGACUUGUGUUAUUGUGAAUAAUCCAAUUAUCCCCAUUAGAUGAUAGUCAAGAAGGGAUUUCCGAUGAUAAGGAGUGAGGAGUUGGUGAUAUUGAUAAAGAUCUAUGAUGAUUAUUGUCCAUUGUAGAUGAUCAACAACGAUCUCUACAAUUUUGUGGAGAUCAAAUUAAAGAAGGGAUAGAUUCAUUAUAUGUAAUAGCCAUUCCUAAGAUUCAUGGAUUGGCUGAUUGAAUAAUUCAUAUCGUUGAUUAUCAAGGACUACGGAGUGACUUCGAUUCCUAUGGAUGUGAUUGAGUAGAAACUGAGAGAUCAUAGAUUCACAUCGAUUAAAUUGAGUAUAGAUGAUGUCUGUGCAUUUUGUAAGCCCAUUAUUACUAGUGACGAAGGAUUGAAAUUGGUUUGCUCUUCUUUUGCUCUUCAUACUGAUAUAAGGGAAUGCAAUGAUAGGAGUACGUAGACGAUAUGGGAAACUCUGUUGUGUAUGGAAGUAAAGGAAAUCCUGAUAAGUGUGAUUGGUGAUAGAGGAGAGACGGUGAUCUCCUAGAUGAUGAAUUGUGAAUUGACAGUCAGCAAAUGUGGGUUCUCUUAGUUGUAUAUUCUUAAAUAGAUUCCAUUAGAUCGCACUUUCAAGAUUAACAUGUAACUUUCUGCUCCUAAACUUUAUGUUUCCAAAAAAACGUAUUUACUAAUUAUGCGAUUGCUCUUUAAUAAUAUACUUUAUGAUGAUACCCUGGAUUAGAUGUAUCUUUAUCAAAUUAACAAACCUACCCCUAUUCUCCUAGAACUCAGGAUGGAUCAGGUCAAUCUCAAAUGUGAAGAUGACUUGGCACUCAUAGGCAGUCAACUCCUUAUACGCUUUCAUCGCUAGAUCGAUCAAUCCCAAAUAUCCCUCAAUCUUUUAGACUUUGUGGCCUAUCACAAAUAACAUUUAAUAUUGUCCAAACUGGAUGUUGAAGAUCAGUACUUUGCAGAAUACAAACAAACCAACAAGUAGACUGGAUAGAAGGAUAUCCAAAUACUCAUCCCUGGAGUCAGUGGAACUCUUAACCUCAAUUGGCUCUUCACCUCCAUCAACUUCUUCUUGAUUGACGACACAGUCCAAUAGAUCCUCCCCUUUGAUAACAAUGUGCUCAAACCCUUAAACCUAGAACUCAUCAUUCAAAAGGCUGACGUACUCCUUUAACCCUUACAUCCAGAUACCACAUUCCAAGCCAAAGGCAAUUUGCUCUUGGUCUUCAUCAAAAAUUAAUCUCAGGACAUCCAUUACGCAUAUCAUUCAGAGCCACUCUUUGAUGAUAACACUCCCAGCAGUUGCAUGAAAAUCGAAUCCAGUUAACUCACAUUAUAUGUCAAUGAAAAUGGCAAAGAACCAAAGGAAGUCUUUCAACCCAUUUCUGUGUAAUGGAAAUCCUAGAAUUUCCAAUGCUAUUGUGCUCAAACCCAUCAAUUCCUGAAUGAGUCCAAUCUCAACCUUGAGAAUCUUAAGUUGUAUCUAACCAUCGAACAAGGACUUAAACUAAUUGAUCUGAUUAAGUAUCUCAUUUAAUCAAUGUGGGAUGCUAAUCAAUUCGGAGACUAAUGGAAUGAACGAUACUCCCUCAUAUCCCAGAGUCGCAAAUCCUUUAACAUAGAUCACCUCGAACUCUGGUUGAUGAGUUCUAAAAAAGACACCAUCGUACCCAUCCUCACUUCUUGCAUAUCCUCCACUCCCCUCAUCCUCCAUUAAUCAUACCAAAAGAUGUUACUCUCAGGAAAUGUCAAAGUUGAAGCCUCUUAUUUCAAUCCCAUGAUAGGCAUUCUUGAACCAAUUCUUGAGAAGUUUUCCUUCGAUCUCAUGUUCCUAAGAAACAAACUCAAUCCACCCAAUAUGCAUCUUCAAAUUGAAACCAACAAGAAUAGCAAGUUCUCCCAAUUAAACAUCGUCUUCCAUUAGAAUCUUAUCAUACUCCUGAAUGAUCUCUAUCAUGUCAAUAAAAAAAAGAAGGAACGCAAGAAAAGCACCAGAAAAUCCAUUAACAUCCAAGAAAUCAUGGAGUCACCACAAAAUGAGACCAUCAUCCUUUUCAACAUCCAAAACCAAAGUGGAUAUGAUCUAAGCAUCACCAUUGAUGAACAAACACUCACUAUUAAAAAUGGCAAUAAAACUGAUAUUAAUGCCAAAUUGAGUUAAAUCGAUAUCUGGCGAAAAUACAAUCGACUCAAUGUUGAAUUCUACACUCUUAACAAAAAAUUAAUCAAACUAAACAAAGUUGAAUAGAACUCACAACAGCCAUUCAAAAUUGACAGGCAAUAGUGUUUCCUAUACUUUACAUCUUACAUUAGCAAAUUAACCAGGAUCAUCAAAAUCUAAGGGCAAUUAACAGUCUCAAAUUGCACACUCUUUGAAUAAUAGAUCGAUAUCAUUCAUCAUAAUAAUGUUAUUUGGAGUAAAUUGCUUUAAGUGAAUGAAAGAGUGGCACCUCCUGGGGAACUCAUCUCUGAUCAAUACUUCAUUAGGUUCACUUUUUACAAGAGAAUCUCAGAAUUCUCUGUUAGUUUGAAGGCUCUCCUGCAUUCAGAAUUCACCUAUCUAGAAAUCCCUCAGGGAGACCAAUUUGUUAUUCUGAGUUCAGAAGAUGAAUUUCAAAACACCAGACAUUUGAAACUGACUGCCUGUCUUGUUAUUCAUAAUUCUUUACCUUGUCCACUCAAUAUCACCAUUAAUGAAGAACAACAAAGUAUUGCUGUGAAUGACUCGUUGCAAUUCUACUAUUACACUUCUAAGAACUAGAUCGAUUACUCUGUUGAGUUAUUAGAAUUUCAAUCUAAGGAAGUAUUUAAAUAUUAGCCACAUGAUUCAAAUCAAUAAACUGAAAUAUAAUUGGUUAAUGAAGAAGGUAGUAUCAUUAAAAUUAUGUAAAAGAUCACAUUAAUUAAAGGAUCUUUGUUUUUUUACUUCUAUCCUAAAAUAUGCCUGAUCAAUACUACCUCAACAAAUCUCAAUUAUCACACUCUAGUCAAGAAUCAAAGAUAAGACAUAGCCCUCUUCAAUAACAAUUACACCUUCUUAUUCAAUGAGGCCAACUUAAUCCUGUCUUACCACAACCACUACUCCAAUGAAUUCACCAUCAAGGCAAUAGGUGACACCAGUGCUGAAAUCAAAGUCAGGAAAUAGCAGCAAUUUGAACUGCUUGAAUUUGGCAUCAACAUCAGUCUCUUAGAAACCGUUAAGCAAUUGGGGCUAUAUAGUACAAUCAUUGAGAUCGCUCCCAGAUAUGUCAUCAUCAAUCAGACUGAAAAUGUGAUGCAAGUGUAACAACAGGAUUCUUUUGGAAGUCCAUUCAAUAUAGAUCCCAACUCCAGAUUGGCAUUCAAUUGGGCUGAUUGUACAAAAGAGAAAAUGAUCGCCAUCAAAUUCAAAAACACCAAGUGGAGUGAGGGAUUGUAUCUUUCAGAUAUGAGAACCAUACAUUUCAGUAUGCUCCCGAAGUAAGAAGAUAAGUUGAAAACAUUUAUGCAAUGCGUGAUUGUUAAAAAGAAAGCAACCUUCUUUGUAACUUUUCUAACCGAACAAGCUCCCUAUAAAAUAAUUAACCAAUGUCCCAAUUGUUCAAUUCGAUUUUCCUAGAUUGGCUCCGAAUAAGAAGAGAACAUAGGAUACAAUUAAUUCAUCGAAUUCUCUUGGACCUUCCCUUCUUUGAAACCUAUUCUGAUAUUCAAUGUGACUAACGAUUAAGAUCAUUGCGAAUUUCAAUUCGAUCUAUUUAAAUCCGACUCCACCUUUUGUUAGAAGAUCAGUGCUACCAAAAGCAUCUACUUUAGUAUAUAUUUUGAGAACAGUGUCAAAGUUAUUAAGCUCAUGGAGAAGCAGGAGCAAUAAUUCAUUAGUGAUUAAAUCAAUAAGCUAAUCUACAUUAAUUUGUAAAUGAUCACCAUCAGCAUCAUAAUGAAUGAAGUUAAACCCAAAGAACUGAAUUUGAUCACUCUAAGCAAUUUUGAAGUGGGCAUUUAAGAAAUCAAUCGGAUAAUUUCAUAUCAAUUUAAAGUGAAAUUCAUAAACAUUGAUAAUAAUUACUCCUAUGAUGCUCUAAAUUAAGUGUUAUUGACACCUUAGCAAUUUUAAAGCUACUUGGAACAUUAGAAUUAUGCGAUUGAUAUCAAAUGGGCUGUAAAUCAAUAACACGCAAACAUUUUGAUGAUUGAGUAUUUCUUUGCUUAUAUCGCUCCAUUGGAACUCAAAUUAGAUUAAGAAUAUCUCUAUUAAUUAAUGGCACUUAAAAAAGCAUUGACAUUUGAGAAGCAUGAGGUUAACAUCUCACAUUUUGCAACAUCCAAAUACUUAUUCAGUCAGAUAAAAUCAUACCAAACAUCCUAAAAUCCCUUUUAUGAAUGGAUGAUUGUUGAGAUCCCUCCUCCGUCAGGGAAUGUGUACAUGAAAUAAUUGAUACUCCCAGUCUUGAAAAUCAGAUUCUCCUUUUAAACAUUGUAUCAACAGAACCAGAAUUUCAUCUUGAAUGUCAUUGCUAAUUCAUUAGAUUUUGCUGUAAAGAAUAUUGAUAAUGCUCCAAUAACACUAAAAGGUGUUAAAAUGGAAAACAUUUUUGAUACCUAAUAGGGUCUUUUGACAAUAAUCAAAGAACAUUAUAAAUUUGCAUUAUUAAAAUAGUUCUUACAGAUUUUGGGCUCAAUAGAGAUUCUUGGAAAUCCUACUUCCUUUUUGAAUAGAAUUUCAACUGGAGUAGUUGAUUUGAUAGAAAAACCAAUAGAAGCCAUGUCACUAGGUCCACUAGAGAUGGGUUUGGGAGUGUUGGAAGGAGCAUCUUCACUAAUAAAAAAUACUGUAGCUGGUGCCUUUUAUAGUGUAAACAAAAUCACGGGGAGCAUUGGGAAUUAAAUCAGUCUAUUGUCAUUUGAUGAAGAUUACAUUUCAUCAAGAAGGAAGUUUAUGUAAAGAAAACCAUCGCAAUUAUUCGAAGGAAUCUAUUUGGGAAUUCAUGCCUUGAUAACUGGAAUAGGAGAUGGAGUAGUAGGAUUCUUCUCACAUCCUUACUAGCAUGGCAAAAGAGAUGGAGCUGCUGGGAUAUUGAAAGGAUCAACCAUCGGAAUUGCUGGAGUUAUUAUCAAACCUCUGACAAGUGUUUUCGAUGCAGCUUCUAAGACUGCUGAAGGUUUAACUAAUACAGCCACUUACUUUGAUGAUCAUCCAAAUACAUUGAGGAUGAGAGACAUUCGGGCAUUUUACGAGAAUAGUCGAUACAUCAAGGCCUAUAAUGAAGAUGAUUCCUUCUUCUUAAACUACUUGAGCAGUUAUAGCAUAGUGUUGAUUGAUGUUUUUGGGUUAUACGAUUUGGAGAUGAAAAAGGAUAUGCAUUUAGUCAUAACUCAGAACUUAUUGUUUUACAUGAACAAACAGAGUGGAAUUAAAUGGCAACAACAAGUGAAUUCCAUUAGAGAUUAUAAAUUAUAUUAGGAUGAGAAUAACCCUUCCAUACUCAGACUUUAUCUAUUUUUUGAGAAAGAAUAAAUACUCAAACUCAAAUUUUCAAGGGUGCCCUAUUAAGAUUAAAUAAAUUAAAAACUACAAAACAUGAUAGAAUAAAGUUGA